UACAUCGCAAGUUUCAUUCACAUCAUGAUGAAUCCCAGGAUGUUGGUCAGCUUCCUUAAUGCUCCAGUUUUCUGUGUCUUCUGGCUGACAAAACACACUGUGGAUUCAGUUCAGCUGUCGGCGCCAGAGGUGGUAGAAGCAGCACCUGGUGGAUCUGUCACAGUCUCGUGCCAGUAUGACCUUCAGUUCAGAGACUACACAAAGUACUGGUGUAAAGGACCGGUGUAUGAGCGGUGCAAAAUAGUCGUGAAAACCCCCAAGAACCGAAAUAAUAAAAAUUGCCUCAUAGCUGAUGAUAAGGACAAGGGGGUCUUCACUGUAACUAUGACUUCGCUGUCACAAAGUGAUCAGGAUACAUACUGGUGUGUCAUUGCCAGACAUGGAAGGAAUAACCACUGUCCUGUCAGCCUUCGGAUCUCACACAGUUACACAGUAACAACCAUUAUGACAACAGCAAAUUCAUCCUCAGUUCUGGAACAAAAUCAAAUCAGUUGGUGGGCAACUCUUCGCUGGAUCCUCUUUAUUUUACUGUUGAGUUGUUUGGUAGCAACGCAUAUUGCCAUGUGGAGGAUUAAAGCUGCACGAACAAUACACCUGCAUCGAAAAUCUGAAAGAGAAAACCCAAACAUCUAUGCAGAAACAUCUAGUAUUGCCACUAUUUAACCCUUUCAUGCAUGAUGUCACUAAAACUUCACUUCAAACCAUAAUAUUUGCAAUGUUUGCUUCUAAUUUGCUGUUUUUUGUCUAGAUAUAGUUCUACAAACCAAAAUUACUGCAUGGAUCAUCUCAUUAAUUAUUAACAUAUACUCACUACAGCUACAUUUUACACAGUUUGCCUAAAUGUAUGUAUGUUAACUUUAUGGAGAGAGGCUUUUGGACACUAUAUUAAAGAACAUAUUUAUGAUUAAAGUCCUACAAACGAAGCAACAAGUGAAAAUAUAUGUAUCUCAUUCAUUAAUCAAAUUGGACUUAAGUCUCUUUUGGGAGAAAUAAUCACAUUCAGUUUCAUAAUGGCUCAUGCAUGAAAAUACAUGAAUACUGGAGAAAUUGAAAAAAAAGUAAAUUCUCUCUGGAUAUUUGAUCCAUAGCCUACGACUGGAAUUAAAGUAUGAAAUGAACCAUGAAGUGAAA